AGCGCCUGUUUUGAUCAACCUUUCACCUUCCUCAAGAUCUUCCUUGCGUACCUCGAAAAUGAAUAACCGCUACUACGUUGGGUUAGACGUAUAUUCUGUGAAGUGUUUAGCCAAAAAGCUAAUCGCUGGCGGCUCGGCGACAAUUGACAAGGUCAUUAACUGGCGUAGAUUGGCAUCAGGCACUAAACCAGGUACAGUGAGACCGUUGACAAGCCACAUUCCCGUUCCAGGGUAGUGUUAUCGACGCCGCUCAUCGCAUUAAAACCCAACCGCUAAUGCAUCCUCGAGGCCUUUGCUCUUUGCUCCUGGUCCCCGAUCUUACCUGAGGGCCUGUUCGAAGUCUUCUUGGAGAUUCAGUUCAUCCAGGUUGCUUCUGCUUGAGCGACAAUGCCACCCUGUCGGGCCUCAUCCAUGAUUGCUACGCCUACGAACAUCGAUAUGUCCGCUCUUUCUGCGCAACUCUCCCCCAGAGACGAGACGUUCGGUGCGGACCCCAAUACCAACAACAUUCUCAUUGCACUCGGUGUCGUCCUUGCACUCGCAUUUAUAUGCAUACUGGUCAACUUGGGACUUAUUCGAUGGGGGGAUCGAUCACUAUUUGCACGUUUACCGUGUUGUACUUCUCGACUUAGUAUUUUCGAUGAGGAUGAUGAUGAGCCGAUACUACGAAAGGCGAAAAUUCGACGCAUACCUAGGAUACAUGACAUAGCUUUGGCUUCUCAUCCGUCUUCACCGAAGGAUGAUAGGAACUUGACAUGGAAGCACCUGAUGCCUCUGUCUGUACGAUAUCUGCUUCCUUCCAACCACAAGCCAUCAUCGUACCAGCAGAAGCAUGUACCGUCUUCCACCCCUACUCAUUCUCCUACCACGCCGGAGUUUCGCUGUUGUUCUCAACCAACACCCGUUCCCCUACAUGCAUCCAUCCGAGUUGCGGUAGCCAUCGCGAUGCCAAACGAUCCCAACUCCUGCAAUACUCCAUGUUAUGAGAUCGGCACGGCCGAUCUCGCGGCACCUUGGAAGACGACGGAACUACGAAAGAAGGAGAAAUCGCAGGCUAUUGUGGCGAGACGUGAUUUAGACCGGAGGAUGAUGGAUGCUAUGCUUCUUAGCUCGACCCAUUGUGAAUAUCCGAACGUGCCAAGCGCUGUAUCAUAUUUGACGCUAUAAUAUCAUUAGCUUUCCUUACAUAGCGUCCGCAUAUACGCUUCACAAAAGCAUCUUGGUCUUUUACCAUACAAUAUUGUAUCAUUGGUUGUGAAUAUGGGCCCGCACUCAAACAAAUGUACUGUACCUUU